UGCCCCGACAUAAUACAAAAACGACAUGUUACCUCUGACGGUGUACCAUGCUUCUUAUCUUGAAGUAACAAUCUUUUCUUUUUCUGCAUACCACACACCCUUGGACUUCGUUAUCCAUGACCCAUUUGAGAAUCCCAUGCUCCCCUAACUACGUUUCACCUUCGGUGGUAAAAUUUUGUCCAUCUACAAAACCUCACCUUGGCUGCACCAAAACAAAUCUCGCACAAACAUUCACCAAACCUUCUUCUUUGCAUUGCCUCCCAAGCAGCAUGAGUUCUCUCACCGGACUUGCUUCACUUGAAGCUGUGCUCUUUGAUGUUGAUGGAACACUCUGUGACUCUGAUCCACUCCACUACGAAGCUUUGCGUGAAAUGCUCCUAAAGAUUGGUUUUAACGGAGGUGUUCCCAUAACGGAGGAAUUUUUUGUUGAAAAAUUUUCUGGCAAGAACAACGUUGAUACUGCCUUAGUUGCCUUUCCCGAUGAUCUGGAACAAGGUUUGAAGUUUGUAGAAGAAAAGGAAGCCAUGUUCCAGAGAUUGGCGAGAGAGCAACUGAAGCCUGUGAAAGGCCUUGAUAAAAUGAGAACAUGGGUUGAAAAGCGUGGUCUGAAGAGAGCUGCAGUUACGAAUUCUCCAAGAGUAAAUGCAGAACUCAUGAUCUCAAAACUUGGUCUCUCGGACUUCUUUGAUGUUCUUAUCAUUGGUGAUGAAUGUGAACGUGGUAAACCUCAUCCGGAUCCCUACUUGAAAGCUCUUGAAGUUCUGAAGGCAUCGAAGGAUCAUGCAUUUGUAUUUGAGGAUUCUUUUUCAGGGAUUACGGCUGGAGUGGCAGCUGGGAUGCCUGUUAUUGGGAUAGCUUCACGAAACCCAGAGGAUUUACUCAUGAAAGCAAAGCCUGCCUUUCUGAUAAAGGAUUAUGAGGAUCCAAAAUUGUGGGCAGCUUUAGAAGAACUUGACAAGCCUGGUGCCGACAAGUUGGAAAUUCUAGAUAAAAACAUUUAGCAAGGUUAUAUUUAUCAUGUCAGAAAAAGUAAAAGACAAUGAUCAUUUGUAUGUGACAAUAAAUAGUUGUUUCUCCAUGUAUCGGUUA